CCUGUAUUGAAAAAUUUUCUACAGGGUUAGUUUUGAGUUGGAACCCGGAGCAGUUGGAAACACAACUGACUUCAGGGAAGCAAAUAAGAGGAUUGAAUGGGGCUUAAAAAAGGUUGUUGGUGGAUCAGAACAUACUCUACGUGCAAAGCUCACACUUUCACAGGAAUCACAUGGAAAUAUCAUGAGGGAAGCUGGACCAGUAAGCAUGACCUUCGCAAUACCUAUGUACAAUGCUUCCAGGCUUCAGGUAAGAUACCUACAGAUAGAAAAGAAGACCAAGACCCACAAUCCAUAUCGAUGGGUAAGAUAUGUGACACAAGCAAAUUCAUACGUUGCUCGCAUAUGACCUUUUUCAUUUUUUUUCUUUUCCAUUUCUGUCUUAUUUUUCUUCUUAAGUGCAUCAAAAUGGUUAGAAAGGUUAAAUGAGAAAGAAACUUGCUUUCAGUUACAAUUUGAGAACUAUAUUAAGCAAUAUAGUACUUGUUCAGUUCAUUUUAA